UGUUUUAGUCGCCAUGUUGGCAAGAAAUGACGUUUGAGUAAUUAUUGAAAAAAUUUUUCCUGUUUUGUGAUGUUUCGUGUAUUUUCUUAUUGAACGUGUACAAAUUAGUUAAUAAUGUCGGGAAGUUCAAUAAAUAAAGAAAAUUCGGAAGACACAUUUGGCGAUAAAUCGCCUACAAAUGAAGAUUUGAGUUUGAGACUGAUGAUGGCAACGGCAGAAAGACUGGCCGAGAGCACGAAAAGAAGACAUCGGGAAGAUUAUCGUGGGCAUUUCAGGCAUGAAAGAGCGGACGGCUUUAGAGAGAAGAGACACUCGCAUAGGGACAGACACCACAGAGAUCGGCGACACCGCUCGAUGGAGCGAGACAGAUCUCGCCACCACCGAAAAAAAUCUCAUAGAGAUGAGAAAGAUACAAAAGGUAACUUACUAGGAUCAAAAUACUCUGAUUCAUGUAAGUAUGAUGUACAGAAAUCAAAAGAUUUUAGAAAUUUAAAUCAUGACUCAGAGAAUAGGAAAAAUGAAACUGAAAAUGCAAUAGAAGAAUCUAAAACAUUUAGUGAGAUUUUAGAAGAUGAUUUUAAAGAUUUAGAAUCGGAUAUUACACCGCCUUCAGAAAAAAGGCUCAAACUAGAGGAAGACAGUGAUGAAAGUACUGAAAGUAAGCUCAGUGAAGAAAUAAUAGAGAAAUCGGAAGAGCCUGAUGAAAAACGUGAAUAUGAUGAAACUCUACCUCCUUAUUACCCUGCCAUUGAGGGUUGCCGGUCACUGGACGAAUUUCAGUGUUUAAAUCGUAUCGCUGAAGGCACUUACGGUGUAGUCUAUAGGUUUAAAGAUAAAAGAACAGACGAUAUAGUCGCCCUCAAAAAACUGAAAAUGGAAAAAGAAAAAGAAGGCUUUCCAAUUACGUCACUGCGCGAAAUCAACACCCUUCUCAAAGGUCAACAUCCAAAUAUUGUAACUGUUAGAGAAAUUGUAGUUGGUAGUAAUAUGGAUAAGAUUUUCAUCGUGAUGGAUUACGUCGAACACGACCUUAAAUCUCUCAUCGAGAUGAUGAGACGCAAAGAUCAACAUUUUACGCCAGGAGAAGUCAAAUGUCUUCUCAAACAAUUGCUAGCGGCAGUCGCACAUCUCCACGAUAAUUGGAUUUUGCACCGCGAUUUGAAAACAUCAAAUCUACUUUUAUCGCAUAACGGAAUUUUGAAAGUCGGUGAUUUUGGAUUGGCGAGAGAGUAUGGAUCACCGUUGCGGCCUUACACUCCAAUAGUGGUAACACUGUGGUACAGAGCGCCGGAAUUGCUGCUUGGUGUCAAAGAGUAUUCAACGCCGAUCGAUAUGUGGUCAGUCGGGUGUAUUUUUGCCGAAUUUUUAUUAAUGAACGCAAUUUUUCCCGGGAAGUCUGAAGCCGAACAGCUCAACAGGAUUUUUAAGUGUCUGGGGACGCCGACUGAGAAAAUCUGGCCCGGUUUUAACAAGUUACCUGUGGUUCAAAAAAUGAAAUUUACGAAUCAUACGGUAUCGAAUUUGCGUAAACGAUUUCAAAUGUUGAACGAUUUGGGUCUAAGCUUUAUGUUGAAUUUUUUGACCUUUGACCCUCACCAAAGAAUAUCAGCCGAGGACGCUUUAAAACAUCCGUAUUUUAGUGAAUUUCCUCCUCCGAUUGAUCCUUCUAACUUUCCUAAAUGGCCGGCCAAAAGCGAAUUGGGCCAGAAGAGGGCGGCUGAGGCUAGCCCGAAGCCGCCGUCUGGUGGUGGAGAAUAUAAAAAAUUGGGUGACGAAGACGGGUUUAGAAUAGGUCUCGAGAAUGACAAUAGCAGGAUAGGAGCUGGAUUUAGUUUAAAGUUUUGAAAGUAGAUUUUCUAUCAAUGUUCCGAUUAUUGAAUAAAUUUCAGGUACUUUGAA